AUGAAGUUCGCGUUGUUCAAGCAAAUCGUUGCUGAUUUCUCGGACAUUGCGGACUUCAUCAUUAUUUAUGUUAGAGAAGCUCAUCCUGUGGAUGAAUGGAAUAUUCUAUGUACCAAAUUCUCUCACUUAAGUUCCCACACUACACAAGAGGAGAGACUAGAAGCAGCUCGGCUGCUGUUGGAGGAAGGAUGCCCAUGUCCGCUGCUUAUUGAUUCCAUGGACAAUUCUGGAGCUAUUAAGUAUGCAGCUACUCCUGAGAGGUUAUUUAUCAUAUAUGAUGACGUCAUUCAGUACGCUGGCCAAGGCGCAGGACCAGAAAACUACAAACCAGAAUCUGUCAUUCAUUGGUUGACGAAUUUUCGCCUUAAAAAUAUUUGA